GACACACACGUGUGUAGGGCUGGUUGCGUCACUGCGUGGGGGCACCGGAGGCCCAGAGGAGGAGUACUGGAUGCCUGACGGUGUUUACACCCCACGUCCUGCUCCAACCAGAAGUUUGGGGAGAGCUGGGGAUACCCGUUUCUCUAGCUUGGAGCCACCAAGAUAGAGGACGAACACUUCUGUGAUUCAGUCCCCAGACUGUCUCUGACUUAAUCCCUUGGGUUCAAGCCCUAUGUGGGAGAGCAAGGGCACACACUGCCUAAUCCGUGGUGUCUCCCCCAGGACAAUGGCGUCUCUUGGCCACAUCUUGGUUUUCUGUGUGGGUCUCCUCACCAUGGCCAAGGCAGAAAGUCCAAAGGAACACGACCCGUUCACUUACGACUACCAGUCCCUGCAGAUCGGAGGCCUCGUCAUCGCCGGGAUCCUCUUCAUCCUGGGCAUCCUCAUCGUGCUGAGCAGAAGAUGCCGGUGCAAGUUCAACCAGCAGCAGAGGACUGGGGAACCCGACGAAGAGGAGGGAACUUUCCGCAGCUCCAUCCGCCGUCUGUCCACCCGCAGGCGGUAGAAACACCUGGAGCGAUGGAAUCCGGCCAGGACUCCCCUGGCACCUGACAUCUCCCACGCUCCACCUGCGCGCCCACCGCCCCCUCCGCCGCCCCUUCCCCAGCCCUGCCCCUGCAGACUCCCCCUGCCGCCCAGACUUCCAAUAAAACGUGCGUUCCUCUCGACA